AUGAACGAAAUAAAAAUUUCCUACCUAAACUAUCCCAUAUAUGGAAUAGGAUCCAAUGAUAAGUACGUGGUGACGUCGGGGGGAGGGGGGGGGAAGAGCUAUGGAAUCGAAGACCUCCUUGACAUCAACACGUUUAACGAGAAGGAGAAGAAGCUGCAAAUCCUGUGGUCGACGACGGAGCAAAGAGGUGUUGUCGAUUCGAUUAUCUAUGAUGAGAAAUACGACAUAUGGUUAGGCUCCGUUAGGAACCAGUGUGUCAUUUUUCAAAUAAAUGAAGACACGGGUCCGAACAUCAUACACAGCUUCGUCACGGACUUUAGUGAGAAGCACUCCAGACAAGUGGUCGUGAAGUUUUCCUCCACCAGUAAUUUUAUUUUAACAGGAGGGGAGGACAAGACGUUGAAGUUGUGGAAGCUCAGAAUUGCAGAGGGGGACGCUAAGGGGGGGACAUCGGCAGGAGGAGAAGCGGGAGGGGGAGGAACAGGAGCAACAAGGGGAGAAGCAGGAGGUGGAACAGGAUCAGGAACAGACGGAGCAGCAACCGCAAAACCCGCAACGGGAGCAGCCACCGCAGGAAGGGUGCCCAUCGGGAAGGACAGAAAUUUCUUCAUCGACACGACCAGCAGCAUAGUGGAGCACAUAGGAGACUUCAAAGGACACGAAGAAUGCAUCAAAGAUUGCGACAUAGCAGAAGACGAAAAAAUCGUAUGCACUUGUUCGUCAGACAAUUCACUUAAAAUAUGGGAUACACACACGUUUGUAAAUCUCCACACAGAACAAAUGAUUAAUCCGAAACAGAAAAGUGAUAAGUUAAACUUCCGAUGCUGCAAAUUUUUGAGAAAUACAAAAAGGAAGGAUCAUUUUGUUUAUACCCUGUUAACGACUGCCUAUACAUCGAGAGGCAAUAGCUACCUCAUCAUCUGGAAUGUCCUAUUUGAUGACAAGAAGGAGAAAUUUAGCUGCACAAAGGAGAAGUUUAUUUGGUUGGAUGACAGACCAUGCUGCAAUAUCGCCAUAAGUCAGAAUGAGAAGUUUCUUGCCCUAGGCUUCAGCACAGGUGCCCUAAAGAUAUACAAUAGUAGGUAUUCCCUCUUAGCGCAUUACAAGAAGCAUGAGCUUCCCAUCACAGCUAUGUGCUUCAUCAAAAAUGAUAGCUUCUUACUUUCCGCUGGGGCUGACUAUAGCAUAAGUUGCGUUCACAUUAAUUCAUUUAGCUUCCGUUACUUGAGGAAGGCCUGGAAGGUUCUCCUCAUAUUGAUGAUAAUAACGAUUGUGUGCAUAAUUAUGCUCGAUUUUUUUAACGUUGGUUAUGACCUGCGCAUGAGGGAUAUCAUUGAGAGCAAGGCAGGAGGGGCCAAGACAAAGAGGAAUGGCCCCAAGCCAUCCCGCGGUCCGCCCGCUUCCUCCGAUGAGCUGUGA